GGUUCACUCAGUUCACUUCGAACAAAAGAGAUUGGAUGUUGCCUGGCCAAAUCCCGGCAGAAGCAACUCCAUAGAAAAUUGGGAUCAUCAUGAAGAGUUUCAAGAUCAUUCUCUUAACAGCUUUAUGUCUCCUUUUUACAGUUUCAAUCUCUGGUAAAAAGUUAAAAAAUAGAUAUAAAUCAGUUGAUAGCAAAGAACUCAGUUGUCCAUCGGGAUGGACAAGGAGAUCUUCAACUGGAUUUUGUUACAAACUCUUCGAGAAAGAACUUUCAUGGUUCGACGCAAUGGAAGAGUGUAAGAAACAUGACAGUAGUUUAGUUUUGCUUCAUGAUAGAAGAACCAGUCAUUGGUUGAGAAAGCAAAAAAGAAUUUUUAAAAAUUUCAAAAAAGAGCAAUACUGGAUAGCAUUGAACGAUAUAAAAAAAGAAAGUCAUUUUUCUUGGAGAAAACAGAAUGGUGAAGAUACCAUAAAAGUUCCUUGGAAGAAUUGGGCAGAAAUUCCAAAUUCGGAUACAGAUAAAAAUUGUGUAUCCUCACAAACUGAUAAAAAGCACAAGUGGAAAGUGCAAUCUUGCGAGAGGAAAUUACCGUUCGUCUGCCAUUUAAUGUCAGGACAAGCAAAGGCCUGUAUGGGUCAAAUCUUUAGGGGCCAGUGCUACACGAUAAGCGACGAUGAAUUACCAUUCGAUGAAGCGGAGGACGCUUGCGAAAGCAAAGGUGCUAGUUUGGCAAACAUUCAAAAGAGGCCUUUAAUUAGAAUGCUCAGUUGGAUGGGACAGGAAGAGGCAAUAAACAAACUUUGGUUUGGCAUGAGGAGAAAAGAUACGAUAGGCCCAUGGGAAUGGUUAGACCGAAGAAGAAUAAAUAAGAGAUUUUUGUCAAAAAUUUGGUACAACAACAAAGGUCCGGAUAAGAAAAGUAAGAAGGCUUGCGCAAUGCUAUUUACUGAUGAUAUGAAAGCAAUGGAAGCUGAUUGCAUAGAAAGAGAACGAUACAUUUGUGAAAGCUCUUUGCAAGACGACAGAGAAGCCGUAAAUCAAAUUAAUGCCUUAAUUCAGAAAGAAGAGGAAAAAAUGAUGAGGCAAAAGGAAGCUCCGUCGGCUGAAUUGUUCGCUAUCAACGACAAACAAGGAAUGGACAACGAUAAUUACGAGAAUGAUAUUAAAUUAACGCCAAGGCAAAUGCAUAUUAAACGGAUUGGUGGAGAUCCCUCGAGCGUUCGAGAAACCUUGCAGGAGAAAAAGCGAAUAAUGGAACAACUAAGAAGAAACGAAACAAGAUCGGAAGGCGCUAAACAAUUAAGUAGAAAAAAACGAAACGUGUUGUCCAAAGAAAUGAGAACUUGGCUAUGGAAAGAAGGAAUUGUGCCAUACGUUUUUGACUCGUCGACUGUGGCAGAAUCAAUUCCGAUAAUUAGAAAGGCUAUGGAUGACAUGGAGUUGAAAACCUGUUUAAAAUUCGUUGCAAGAACCAACCAAAACGACUAUCUUAACAUCAAAGACGCUGGCGGCUGCUGGUCGUUCGUCGGUCGUUACGCUGGAAAACAAGAUGUAUCUCUUGCUCCAAAGUGUCUUAAAAAAACUGGUAUAAUACAACACGAAUUGAUGCACGCUGUUGGCUUUUGGCACGAACAAGCAAGAUAUGACAGAGAUGAUUAUAUUGAAGUUGUAAAAGAAAACAUCAUACCAGGUAAAGAAGCAAAUUUUGACAAAUUAACUGCAGCUGAUUUGGGAACUAUGAAUCUACCAUAUGAUUACUCAUCUAUUAUGCAUUACGCCUUCAAUUCGUUCGCUAUCGACAGGAAUAAGCCAACUAUUAUUCCUUUAAAACCGCCGACAGCCACUAUAGGCUUGCGGAAUGAAAUGUCUCCAAAUGACGUUAGCGAGAUCAACAAACUAUACGAAUGUACACAACCAGUGGAUGGUGCUUGGAGUGAAUGGAUGGCAUGGUCUAAAUGCACUAAGACUUGUGGAUCUGGUACAAGAAAUCGCCAUAGAAAAUGUGACCUUCCAGCUCCCGAAAAUGGUGGCAAAGAUUGCGAAGGUAGCUCUGAAGAGACUGAAAGUUGUAUGACAGACGCUUGUCCGGACAAACGGCUGAAAUAUGCAUGGAUCGGAUGCUGGCUAGACGACAAACUGCCUGACAUAUUGACUACCUUAGAGGAAACUAGCGAUGUGCUAGAUGGAAGUUAUGUCUCGAGGGAAUCGGCCAUCGAUAAGUGUGCAAAAGCAGCCGCUGAACAGAAUCAUGCUAUUUUUGCCCUUGAGUAUGGGGGAAAAUGUCUAGUGCAAACUUCAAGUGAUGACUCUGAUCUUUAUCAGAGUCUUGGUCCAUCUGAUGAUUGUACAAAUGGCAAAGGGGUAGCCAACGCAAUGGAUGUCUAUCAACUUAACGAUGGACCAGUUCAUGGCCAAUGGGGUACUUGGGAAGGUUUCUCAAAAUGCACAAAAAGCUGUGGAUCUGGAAAAAAGAGCAGAACACGCUCGUGCGUCAACCCAGCACCGUCUAAUGGCGGUCAGGCGUGUCAAGGCUCUGCAACUGAAACUCAGUCGUGUAAUGAGGAGCCAUGUCCGGUAGAUGGCGGUUGGUCAGACUGGUCAAAAUGGUCAACUUGCAGUGUUUCUUGUUCUACAGGUACACAGUAUAGAACAAGAAAAUGUACUAAUCCAGCACCAGCAAACGGAGGCAAGGAUUGUGUAGGUGGGGCUUUUAAAGAAUCAGAUGCUGAAACUCGCAAUUGCGUGCUCGGUCCCUGUCCAAUUAAUGGAGGUUGGACUGAUUGGCAAGAAACUUCGCCUUGUAGUAAGAGUUGCGGAGGAGGCACAAAAACUUUCAGCAGAUCUUGUACAAAUCCAGCUCCGGAAAAUGGCGGAAAAACUUGUGACGGAUCCGAUAGUAAGACUGAGCCAUGCAACGAAUCAGCGUGCCCAAUAAAUGGCGGUUGGAGUGAAUGGGUAGAAGGAGUUUGUUCUAAAUCCUGUGGAGACGGCACGAAAAUAUUUACAAGAACAUGUUCCAAUCCUACACCCAAAUUUGGAGGCAAGGAAUGCACCGGAGAUUCAUCUAAAACCGAAACUUGCAAUCUUCAAGCUUGCCCUAUUAAUGGCGGAUGGUCUGAUUGGGUAGAGGAAGGUGAAUGUACCAAGUCGUGUGGAGGUGGUCUUCAAACUUUCUCUAGAUCAUGCAACAACCCAGCUCCUCAAAACGGAGGAAAAGAUUGUGAUGGUUUAGAUUCCAAAUCAGAGUCAUGUAACACUAAAGAGUGUCCUAUCAAUGGUGGCUGGUCAGAGUGGAAUGAAGGAGCUUGUUCUCAAUCUUGUGGUUCGGGCAAAAAAAUUUAUACCAGAGUUUGCAAUAAUCCCGUACCACAAUAUGAGGGAAAAGAUUGCGAAGGCUUGGCAACUAAAACAGAACCUUGUAAUGAAGCUGAUUGUCCCGUCAAUGGUGUAUGGUCUGCUUGGAUUGCUUCAGGAGAAUGUAGCACUAGCUGUGGCCCUGGAAAGAAGCUAUUUAAAAGAACUUGCUCUAAUCCUGCUCCUGAAAAUGGAGGUGACGACUGUACAGGUGAUGAUGUUAAAACCGAAGAUUGCAACUUGGGACCAUGUCCGAUCAAUGGUGGUUGGUCUAAAUGGGUCUUUGACGACUGCUCCGUUUCAUGCGGAACAGGCAUACAGACAGGGCAGCGCAAGUGCGAUAACCCAAGUCCCCAAAACGGAGGAAAAGAAUGCGAAGGAGCUUCUAAAGAAACCAAAGAAUGCAAGCUGACUGAUUGUCCAGUAAACGGAGGGUGGAGUGAAUGGGAGAAAAGUGGAGAGUGCAGUAAAUCUUGCGGAGUUGGCGAACAAAUUUAUAAAAGAAGUUGUACUAAUCCAGUUCCUGCCAGCGGCGGCAAUGAUUGUGAAGGUAUCAAAACAAAAAUUGAACCUUGCAAAGAAGCUGAGUGUCCAAUUGACGGUGGUUGGUCAGAUUGGUCUUCACCAGAUUGCUCAAAAUCUUGUGGAGGUGGUAAAAAAAUAUUCGAGAGAAAUUGUGAUAAUCCCAAACCACAAUAUGGAGGGAAAAAUUGUGAAGGAGACUCUCAGAAGAUCGAAGAUUGUAAUCAGUCUCCAUGUCCAAUAAAUGGUGGUUGGAGUACUUGGACUUCAUCAGGAGCAUGUAGUGUUCCUUGCGGAGGAGGUAAAAGGUUGCUAACGAGGACUUGCUCUAAUCCAACUCCUUCAAAUGGUGGUUUAAACUGUGAAGGAAUAAGUCAAAUGUAUGAAAAGUGUAAUGAGCAUAAGUGCGCUGUUACCAAUCCACCAACAACUACAUCAAGCUCUAUUAUUGGCGAUUACUCUUCAUAUUUCCCAAUGAAUGAAAAGAGCGGAAACAAAAUCGAUACCCUAGAAAAUUUAAACUUUGUAGAUUUAAGAGAAGGAAGGAAAGGUAAGUCGGCCUAUCUUGAUAAUGAGGGAUGGCUAAGAGGAAAAGGGAAAUCAUGUCUGAAUGAACCUAGUACAUGCCCUGAUGGUUUUACAAUAUCACUCUGGUUUAAACAAACGGCGGAAGAUAGGUCAAAAGCCAGAGCACUUCGAUCAACAACUAAGCCACAGGUUCUUCUAACAACUGGAGUUGAACCUGAUGAAGCUCAAACACCAAAGCAAGGCCUCGGAAUUGCAAUCUACAAGAGAAAGUCGGGAAUGUUGAAAGUUUUCUUGAGAACUUCGGAAAAAGAGUACUCAGUUGAUUUCCCAAAAUAUCGUUUAGAUAAUGAGAAAUGGCAGCAUGUGGCAGUAACUUUCCACCCAGAUCACGGUCUUUUCCUCUAUUAUCAAGGAAGGGUUAAAAAUCUGGAUUUAGAUGGCAGGGAAAAUCUCUCAGCAAAGAAUAUUUACGAUUGGUUUUCAAUUGGACGAGCUAUGCAAUGUAACGAUGACUUUUUCGUCGGAUCAAUUGAUGAAGUGGCCAUUUAUCAAAGACGUUUAACUGAAACGGAAAUUUAUCAAAUCUUUACGUCAGUACCACCUAGCUGUGAUGACUGUGACCCAAAUGCAGAAUGUCUUGGAGAUAAUGGUAUAUGUAAAUGUAAAGAUAAAUAUCUUGGAGAUGGUUUAACUUGUGAUAUUCAAUUCCAAUCUCCUUCAUUAAUUGUGCCAGCUGCAAAUUUCCGUUGGCCAGUUGAUAAGAUUGUAUCUAAACGUAUAGUUGGAAAUGCUCCACUCGAUGUAAGAGAGAAUAUGGUAUUGUCUGAUGGUAUAAAAGGUAAGGCAGUAGCAUUUAAUGGAAGACGAGACUGGUUGGAUGCUGGUAGUUUUUCCGGUAAAUGUUUUUCUAGCCCAGAUGCAUGCCUUGGCGGUUUUACAAUGGCCUAUUGGAUUAAAUACCAUGGAAGAGGAAAUAGACCAAAUUUUAUCCAUUCUAGUGGUGGACAGCCAUUGUCGAAAUCAACUGGACUUGCCGCUAUUGUAAACGGAUUAGAAUUAACUAACUUUGUUCAAACCUUCACAACUCAAUACUCUGCUGCCAUACCAGUACCAAAGGGUGUAUGGCAACAUAUUGUUGUUCGUUGGAGAAAGGACAUUGGGUUAAAUAUUUUUGUGAACGGUAAAAAGACUGCUGAAGAUAUCAUAGGGACCAAUAGAGCUGUUCGUAAAGAGGGAAAAACGCAUCUAGUUUUUGGUAAACCAAAUGACUUAUUCGUUUAUAAUGGAAGAUUUGAAUUAGAUAGUUUAAAUAUCUGGUUGGAAUUUCUAAGUGACGAACAUAUAAACACCGUCUACAACAGCGGAACUGCUUAAGCUCUUCGAAUACAUCCUGCAAAUCUUUUAAACAAACGAUAUUUAACAAAACAUAUGAAUAUUCAUAAUUUUAUUUGACACAAUAUAAUAAAUAUAUACGUAUAUUUGUUUGUGUUUUAAGGCUAAAAUAAUCGGAGAAAUGACAAUAAAUUAGCAAUCAAUUGAAUAACACAUGUUUUAUCAAUAGUAAUAGUUAAAUUAUGUAAUAGUGUACAAGAAAGAGCAUCAAUGAGCUCAACUCUUUAAUGUUUUAUAUUACACUGCUCCAUUGUCACCCUCCUUUAGUUACUUAUUGAUUGAGCAGCAGAGCUAUUUAGGGGUUUUCAAGUUAGUUUUAAAUAUUUAACAGUUAUUCGUCACUCUUUACCAAAAGAACAAAGGGUGGCCAGUGUUUGUUCAGAAAUGGAAUUGGGAUUUUAUUGUAUUUGUAAAAGCAAACAAUUAAUAGUUGUUCGUGCCAUUUAGAAUAUACCAUUUUGACCGUCCAAUCGAUCAGAACACUCGCAGAGAAGGGAUUGAUCAGUGUGUAUUGGCUUGUUCAGUAUAAUAAAGCGACUGGUGGAGUGCCGACAGAAGACGCCCAAACGUCGCCAACGACAACGCUAACAAUGGUUGCGACUCAGCAGAGUGACGCCCUUUGCGAGAAUAACGUUCGGCUACAUUCUCUGUCAGCGUCGAAUGACCGGCCACUACGCCGCUUGAAAGCGGAUGAAUGCUGUUCAUAUUGUGAUAUUUAUAACGUCGAUAUGAUGACGCCUGCAGAUCAACAGAGGAUGGCUGUAUGGACAGAAGAUGUGAAUGAAAAGCUCCUCGAUCCACCAAAAACCCCCCUUGCUUCUAGUACAAAGCGAAAAAAGAAAAAAUUAGCUGACGAAAAAUUAAAAUUCCUGAAAUAUACUCCACCAGGUGUUGCUGAUGCAGAACAUGGGUUCCGUUGGCUGCCGUCGAUUCCACCAAGAUUAAACGAAAAUCGGCCAUCAUCUACUUUUUCUCUUCGGCCUACUAAUCGGCCAAUAUUAUUAGCCGUCUCACCUCUCGGCAAUGCCAGAAAGGAUACAGAACCUAGUCUACCUAAACGUUCCAUGUCGAACGAACUACUUAACGUAAUUACAAUUGACGACGCAAAAUUGCGUCACCAGCCUCCACCUCCACCUCCCCCACCACCUGCAAUAGAAAUAUCAGAGCCGUUACGACCCAUUUCGCAACCAGCUAUAUCGGAAGUAAAAACUACAGCAAAUAGAGGUAUUGAUGGAUUAUUAUCGAAGUGUUCGUCAACGCCAACGGCGUAUUCUAUGCCAUCUAAUGGUUGUAAAGAAUCAACAAAUUUCAGGCGGUUAAAUUCAAAAUUACGCAGAAUCAUGGAAAGAGACGUAAUAGAACCCUUUACAGAUAAGAUGCUGAGGCGAAAAGCUGAUAGAAUAGAUAGGGCGCCUCCUAGCAGAAUGGCGUCAAGAGGUCCGCCCCCAUGUACUCCAGCUAGUAGAAGCGAAUUUUUGGAAAUGUUAAUGGAAAUAGACGAGAGCGAUCAACAUAUGGUGUAAACUUUUUACUAAUUACUAAAAAACGUUUCAUGUAAAUGUUAUGUAAACAGUUCACUUCGCUUGUGCCAAAUCGAGUGAUUCGCAUAUAUAACAUUACUGGCUAAUGCUGUAAAUUCCUUAAGCUAUUCGAAGGUAAAACGAUUAGAUUUCCUAUUGAACAAUUCAACUAUCAAUAAGCUCUUAGAGAACGACAUAAAUUAGGCCUAAAUAAUCUUUUUAUGACAACUUUUUCAAUUAACACUAUAUAUUUUGAGAAAAAAACACUUGGAAAAUUUGCCUUGGUUUAAAAACUAUAUAAUUCUUGGAACAAUGAAACGAAUCCUGAUUCGGUAUUCAAUUGUUCAAAAUAAUCAAUAAUAUAACGUAUUGGAAUCCAAUUUCAAACAUUUAAUACCGAAAUCCAAACUAUAGCUUUGUAUAAUAUUCCUUCCCUUACAUAAUCGUUAUCAAAAACUUCAAUAGAUCGAUAAACGUUCAAUCUUUUUAUGUACAUGAAUUAAAAUCAUUUAGGCUUUUCUUUUCCUUUUUACUCUAAAACUAAAUAGGCUUUUUCAUAAGCUUAUUCAAAAGCAUUUUAACAGGCUUUUAUUUUAUUCAAUACCAGCAAAAUUUUUAUUGCAGUUUAAUAUCAAUAGAAAAGAUAAGAAAAGAACGUAAAACAGUAAAAAAUUAUGUUCGGUAGUGGGCUUAUAGAUAAUAAAAUACUUGACGGGCCUUUGAAAAACUUUGUAACGGAUAUAAGGUUAAGCCUCCCUAUAAUAAUCUUCCAUAGUCCGUAAUUAUCACGACCGUAAAAUUCUGUUAUGAUCAACAUUAUUUGAUUGAAUUAGGGACAGGCCCAUAAUCUGGUCAUUAUAUUGGUUCAAGCAAACUGAAUUCUCAAAUCAGAGAAUUUCCCACAUUCCUUAAAAAAGGCAUAAUGUAAAUAAAGGAAAUUUUUUUUUUCUAUCUAUGCUUUCUUAUUAAGAAACAAGUAACUCUCAUUUAAAACUAUGAAAUUAUACAAGUAUAUACAUAUAUAUAUGUAUGUAAAUA